AUGGAGUCCCGACCAUGGCAUUGAAACUCAGAGCAUCUUCUGACGCUCACUCAGCUGAACUCCCAUCUCCUGCCAACAUGACCUACAGCUGCUGUUCUGGAAACGUCGCCUCCCAGUCCCUUGGGGGCUACCUGCGCUACCCAAGCUCCUCCUGUGGCUCUUCUUCCCCCAGCAACCUGGUCUACCGUACUGACCUCUGCUCUCCCAGCACCUGCCAGCUGGGCUCCUCCCUCUACAGCGGCUGUCAAGAGACCUCCUGUGAGCCCACCAGCUGCCAGACGUCCUGCGUGGUGUCCAGCCCCUGCCAGACGUCCUGCUCCCGCCCGAGGACCUCCACGUUCUGCGGUCCCUUCCAGACGACUUACUCUGGGUCUGUGGGCUGUGGGUCCAGAAGCUGCUACUCUCUGGGCUGUGGAUCCAGUGGCUUCAAACCCCUGGGUUAUGGAGUCUGUGGUUUCCCUUCCCUGAGCUAUGGAUCCAGUUUCUGCCGCCCAACCUACCUCUCCUCCAGGAGCUGUCAGUCAUCAUGUUACAGGCCAACCUAUAGAUCGGCCUUCUGUAGAUCAACUUAUUGAGCUUCCAGACACUUUGAGCAAAAUACUUCAGUCUCUUUUUACAGCUGCUCUCAAAGGGUUUCAGUAAUGUUAGCUAACCCCUCUCACCCCUCGCUCUUCACCCUUUCUCCAGCAUCGAGUACUGGCUGACUGUCUAGUUCUUUCAGACGGUGAAAUUAAUGAAUGACCAAAAUAUUAAGUGCAUGUGUGUAAUUUUGAAACGAUUGACUCAGAAUUAACAUAAAUUCUUCUUGCAGGAUGUCAGUUCUGUUUGACCUAAUAAACUCAUUCAUUCUUGCAUCUGA